UACAAGUAUACGUGUAUAUGGUGGUUCACACUUCCUAACUGUGGUGAUUAUAGCCAUCAAUUAUAGCCCUAGGCGCUAGGCACCUGACUAACAUUGGGUUGUUGUGUCCUAUACAAUGGCUAGACAAGAGGAGCUCUCUACGGCCUCCACAGCUGGCUAUGGUCUCCAGUGGCCGUGGCCUAUCUACACCACUGAGAUAGUCAAUCUGAGCAACUCAUCAGCAUCAGUGUGUAUAGAAGAGAGAUCGUUGGCUGGCUACCUGGAGAUCAGUGUGCUCUGCUCAGCAGCACUGAUUAUCGUUGUACUCAACCUGGUCCUGCCCAGAUGGAGGGAGAGGACACUACAGGGAUGGACACAACUAGUGGUGCCUGUCAAGUUCCUGGACUCUACACGAUACCGAGUGAUCUACUGUAUGGCUCUGAGUGCGUGGGCGGGGGACGUCCUCAAGAGUGUCUCUGACUCCACCCAGUUCAUACGGCACAAGGACAAGGCACUACUGGACGCCUUCUACUUCUUCAUAUUGUCCCCGACUGUGAUUAUUCUGAAGCAGACGCUGGCCUACUUCCCAGUGUUGGCCUGUGUGGAUGGACCACUCCCCCUCCUCUCACACACACUGGGAUGCCUCCACACUCUACUACUGGGCAGCCAUAGUGUCUACUCUGAGAGCCUCCAGCUGAGAGGCUGCUCACCUAAAGGAGUCAUGACUACCAGAGAUAUGGUAUUAUCAGGUUUCAUCUCUGCCCCUGUGUACGUGAUCUACCUGAUAGUGGGGGUGUGGUUUCUCUUCCAGGCUCUCCUAGAGCUACCCCUCGUCCUCUGCACCAGACACAAGGCCUAUCAGAGUAUCUCAAGUUAUUAUGACAACAACCCGUAUUACACUCAUGUUAGAGGACUUCUUAAAAGGAGAUGGAGACCUACUGGUAGGAUGGUGGUCAACAUGCACACUCUCCGUAACUAUCUGAAGAGAGGCCUCGGCUAUAUCACGCCUUACCACGGUGGGUAUAGAUACCCUCUACCAUUCGUCAGUGCUAUCAGUAUGGCAGUCCUCGUUGUCUAUCAGCUUGCCCUAUCACUAGGCUAUGCCACUGUCUCGUACACUGAGCAGUUGAUGCGCUGGGUGAGGGAGUUUAAUAUCACCGUGGAAACAAUCGAGCACUUAUUCCCACAACUCAAGCCAAAAGUUGACGAUAUUUUCUACAACGCCAAAAGCUUGAUACUGGCAUUCAAUAUUUUGCUUCCCAUGGCCGUGUAUGUGGCGUCUGCACUGAGUGUCUUCUUCUUGUUCUAUAUGGUUCAACAACACCAUAAGCUGAUGGUGGGAGCAUGCCGUGGUGAGCUCUCCUUCCUAGUGUCCUCAGAGCCACUGCCAUCACUAUCAUACAGACUGGCUGCCACCAUGAGGUACUCGGCUUUCCAGUUCUCCCAUAUCAUCUUCUCCUGGUUUAUCUACUUCAUUGCCCUCACUGUCAUCAUGACCCUCGGCCUGCUCACCUACUUCUUAUUCAGAGUAACUCCAGACAUGGGCACUCACAUAUGGGCGUGGUUCAUGGUCCCCCUGAUGUGGGGGGCAGUGAUGCACCUGGUUCAGGGGUUUCUCUGUCAUGUUGUCUUCCUCAAAGACAAGACUGUCUCAAAAACUGGUUUUGUACCGCUCAGAUUCAAAUCACUGUAUCAGAUUCUCUCCUUUGUGUUCUUUUUCUUCAAUGUGAUCUACGGCAUUGUCAUGUGCUUUCUUCGAGUGUUGGGGAUGCUUGUAUUCACUAUCAUCAUGCUGUUCAGAAUAGACAGGGAUGUGUACAUGAGGGGACUGGAGGGAUGGGAUGUGGGUUAUCGCACAUUCAUUGGGUACAUGUACAUGGAAGUGACCAACAACCAUCCAGUGGUGAGGGCCUUCCUAGCACUGCUCCAGGAGACCACACCCUCCCAACGGACGUCACUCAGAACACCCUCUGAUAACUCAUUGGCAACCAUUGACCUCACUUCUAGCGGCAGUCCCAGUAGAGAAGCUAACGGACUUCAUCACAGACACACUGCUAAAGGAGAAAUGGCGCUGCCGGUGGCAAAGAGGACAAGUGAUAAAGGUCUUGUUGGAAUGAGAACAGGGAGGUCAAAGUCCAGAUGUGCCCGGAAUCGGUGGUUGGUAGCGUACACUCUCCUGCGUAACCCAGCACUCAGAACACUCACUGCUAGCUCUCUUAGACAACUCUCUGACAUUCAGUAUAGAACAUUUUAACCGUUAUUGUAUGUGUGUGUGCUGUGUGUGUGUGUGUGAGCUGGCUCACAUUUAUUUUUGUUUGCUUGUUGAG